CUGAAAUUUUUUGAUAAAAAAUGACAAGAAAAGCUGAUAAAAUUUUCAAAUUUUCCAACAUUUGAAUAAUUUGAAUCAAUUUGUUUCAUUUUGCUAAAAAAAUAACGUAAAAGAUUGCUUUUUGAAUUUGAAAAAAUGUGAUUUAAUCCCACAGAAAGAACUAUUUCUGGGUGCUCUUUUCAUCAAUAUCAUUCAUAAAAAGUGAUAACAGACCAUACAUGGAAAUGGAUUCACAACCUUCCGACGUAGAUAUAGUCAAAGGAGAUUCAUCCAAUGCACCCGAAACCUCUUCUGACACCGUAAACGAAUCUAAAAAAAUGCAACUUAUGAGCUGGAUUAAUAAAUCGAUGAAAAUUGAAAUGACCGAUGGACGAAUAUUGAUCGGUACCUUCGUAUGCACUGAUAAAGAUGCCAAUGUAAUUUUGAGCUCGUGCAGUGAACUUUUCAACACCGAAAAAACCGGUAUAUCGGAAGAACCAAGAAUGUUGGGCUUGGUAAUGAUACCUGGUCGUCAUAUUAUAUCCAUUCAUCUAGAGCAAGCAUGCCCGGUGCAUGAAAUAACGACAGUUGUAUGAAAAUGGUCACGAGCUUGGGAAUAUUUAGAUCUUCGAGCUUAGCUCGUUUCGUAUUAUUUAUCGUAUUGUUCAUGGAAAUUAUUUUAAAUGAAGGGGUAAACUUCGAAUGGCAGUUUCAUUUGAUGAGCAAUAUGUGAUCGUUUGUGCAAUGAGUUGUUUACAAUUUUUUGGGAGAUUUAUUUGAAGUAUUGUUUUUUUUUUUUUUUUUGAUUAAUUUAGUUAUUUAAUAUGCUUUGUGAUGUGUUUUUUAAAUAAUUUACUUGAGUAAUAAAACGUUGAUAUUUUUUCAGAA